GUCUGCUGAGGGCGAAAUGCUGAUCUCAGAGGAGGAGCUGGAGGCUCAGCGUCAAGCAGAGCGGUACUACCAGGAGCAAAAGCGGCAGGUCGACGCGCAGACCCGACAGUGCCAACAGGAGGAAGAGCGACUGCGACAACAGCAAUUCCAACGGCAGCAGCAGGUACAAGGUGGGCAACGACGGAGACCGUCGCAAGGCAGCGACUGCACCAUUUCCUAACCAACUGAGCAGCUAUAGAAGCUGCGUGAAAACCCACCGAGCGUCAAGAAACAUUCAAGUACAUCAAACCUGAAAGAAGUUAGAUAAAUAGUUAUCCUUAUCAUCGU